CACAGUCACAGCCACUCAGCGCUGCCAGGAAGCUGCUCAGAGGCGAGAUUCAGACAGGAUCCCCGCUUCCACUCUGCAGUCUACUUGUUGAUUCACUCCAGAAGUGCUGCGAGAGGCAGACAGAGACUUCUUGGCGCUGUUAUUUUUUUUAAUUUUUAUUAUCGUUGUUAUUUAUUUUAUUUUUUUUUUGUAUUGGCAUUGUGUUUUCCAUCAUGUCUGAGCGCGGCUGAUGAUGCAUCUCUCGACUCCAGGCAGAGCGAAGGAGCGUGUGGCAGGAUUAACAAGUUGUUGCGCUCCUACAAACGAAACGAUGCUGAUUUCGCUUCAUGAGGUGAAUCGUCACGUAAAGAAGACGCCACAAGACACGAAGCGGGGUCCUGAUGCGGUCAUCUCCAGGAUCAUGUCUCCCUAAUCUCCCAGACUGCGUCUUCCAGGCUCUCCAAGUGUCCAACUGAGCUGAGCGAAGAUGAUCAAAACCGGCUCCCGGUUGACCACCACGCUGCCUCCGGACACCAUAGACAUCAUCCGGACCAAGACACACUCCCGCCGGGUGAGACUCAAUGUCGGGGGACUUCUCCACGAAGUCCUCUGGAGGACCCUGGAUAGGCUGCCCCGCACACGGCUUGGCAAGCUGCGGGACUGCAACACGCACGAGUCCCUCAUGGAGAUAUGUGACGACUACAGCCUGGACAACAACGAGUAUUUUUUUGACCGGCACCCUGGCGCCUUCACCUCCAUCCUGAACUUCUACCGCACCGGGAAGCUGCACAUGAUGGAGGAGAUGUGCGCCCUCUCCUUCAGCCAGGAGCUGGACUUUUGGGGCAUCGACGAGAUCUACCUGGAGUCCUGCUGCCAGGCCCGGUAUCACCAGAAGAAGGAGCAGAUGAACGAGGAGCUGAAGAGGGAGGCCGAGAACAUGAGGGAGCGGGACGGAGAGGAGUUCACCACCACAUGCUGCUCCGAGAAGAGGAAGAAGCUCUGGGACCUGUUGGAGAAGCCCAGCUCAUCGUUUGCUGCUAAGAUCCUUGCAAUCAUCUCCAUCCUCUUCAUUGUGCUGUCCACCAUUGCCUUGUCUCUGAACACCCUCCCAGAGCUGCAGGACACCGACGAGUUUGGCCAGCCCACGGACAACCCACAGCUAGCUCAUGUGGAAGCUGUUUGUAUUGCCUGGUUCACCAUGGAGUACCUGCUCCGCUUCCUCUCCUCUCCAAACAAAUGGAAGUUCUUCAAAGGUCCCCUCAACAUCAUCGACCUGCUGGCCAUCCUGCCCUAUUACGUCACCAUCUUCCUGACAGAGUCCAACAAGAGCGUGCUGCAGUUCCAAAACGUUCGCCGUGUGGUUCAGAUAUUCCGGAUCAUGCGGAUCUUGCGAAUCCUGAAGCUGGCCCGUCACUCCACAGGCCUUCAGUCUUUGGGCUUCACUCUCAGGAGGAGCUACAAUGAGCUGGGCCUGCUUAUCCUCUUUCUUGCCAUGGGCAUCAUGAUCUUCUCAAGUCUGGUGUUCUUUGCUGAGAAGGAUGAAGAGGACACCAAGUUUAAAAGCAUCCCUGCCUCCUUCUGGUGGGCUACCAUUACUAUGACCACAGUAGGUUAUGGAGACAUUUACCCAAAAACCCUGCUGGGAAAGAUAGUUGGAGGUUUGUGUUGCAUUGCAGGGGUCUUGGUGAUAGCCUUACCCAUUCCUAUUAUUGUAAAUAACUUCUCUGAGUUUUACAAAGAGCAGAAGAGGCAGGAGAAAGCCAUCAAAAGGAGAGAGGCUCUGGAGAGGGCUAAGAGAAAUGGUAGCAUUGUCUCAAUGAACAUUAAGGAUGCCUUUGGCCGUAGCGUGGAACUCAUGGAUGUCAUGGUGGAAAAAACUGAUGAGAGGAAGGAGAAGCUCCAUGACAAUCACGUGUCACCACACAGAGGAACACCCAGGAUCAAGUCACCGCUGAACCCCAGUAGUCCUAGUAAGACUAUUGAGUCCAGCUUCCAAGAAAAGGCAAAACCAGCCAGCAGUCCUCAGCAUCUCAGCGCACAGAAACUUGAGGAAGCAUACAACAACAUGACAAAAGCACAGUCACAACCAAACGUGAACAGCAAGGAAAAAGCGUCACAUUCGAAGUCAGCCAGGCAGAAAGCUGAAUUUGAGAUGGGAAGCAUCCUCCUUGAGACCGUGUCAGGCACAGCGGAGGGCGUUACAGACAUGAAGAGUAUUUCCAGCAUCGAUAGCUUCAACAGCUGCGUACCUGACUUUCCUGAGAGCUCCAGAUUUUCGCACAGCUCUGGGAGCAACAUGCCUGGAAGGGUCAGUACCAACCCCAGUCUGGAGCCCACCCUGGAGAAUGAGCAUGAGGGACUGCAUGGCGCCACCAGCCCCAAGUCAGGCAAAAGCACCAAGCUCAACAACGACAACCCAAGAGCUCUGCCAUUAAACAACCCAAUAAAGGGGCGUUCACUUAAAGUUAGAGUCAGAGGCGGGGAGGACUUAGGGAAAGGAGGUCUCUCUGACAGCUCAUCGAUCCAAAGCCCAGAGACAUCUGUCUACACCACUGCCAGCAGCAGGACGCCCAGCAAGAGCCCCGAGAACUUACGGCCGAGCAUCUUCACAUUCCACGACUCGUCUGUCAGUAAGUUCAUUGACGCCGACACGGACGAGGAGGAACACCUGCACGACAGUUCGGCAGCCAACGUGACCCAAAGACUUUUGGAGAGAGCCAGCCCCAGGUUUGCUCAGCUUCAACAGGGUCCCAACCACAUGGAGGGCCUCUCCAAGAAGCUGGGGAACAGCACCCUGCCGCUGGAAGGACAGGAAAACCACAUUUCACCAGAGCUGCGGCCGCUUCAGGGGGAGAAGCGUCAGUAUAACUCUUAGAGUCGAUUAAAAGGAAUGGCUUGCACAGAGAAUACAAAGAAUAUGAAAAUAUAAGGGAUUGCUAAUGAAGAGCUCAGAGACUUGUCUGGGAACAAUUUGCAGGAGAACUGAAAGAAAAAAGGCUUUUCCUACAAAAUUACAACACCUGUGGAUCACUGGAAAUAGUGUUGUUAUCUUCUCUAAAACGUUCCAGAUGAAAACAUUCAAACGCCCUCAGAGUGGAAGAAAAGAAGGGAUUUUUUGCUGUUUAUACAAGCCCAGAUUAUAAUGCCAUCAUUAGACUAGCUGCAGGAGUCUAGUCUAAAAUUUUAUAACCUGUUUUCUGAGAGCCCUGGAUAAAAUGCUAAAGUCACUGCAGCUAAAGCUGUCAAAUCAUCGUGAAACAUAAAGGGCAUCAAAACAAGGCACAAUAAGAGGAGAUAUUUUAAAAUCCUCAAUUGCAGUAUGAAAGGAAGACAUACAUCUUCUCUCCCUACAGUGUAUAUUUAUAUACAUUGUAUGUUUCAAAGGCAGAGGGUUGAGAACAUGUUCUUGCUUCCUACAACUUCCUUUAAAACUGGCCUUAGUUCAUGUUGUCCUGUGUUUUACGUUUUGAUGUUGAGGAGGAAAGCCUGAGGCAGGGUAAAAGAUAGCACAUAAGUAUCUCUGUGCGUGUGUGUGCAAUAACUACCUUUCACUUAUAUUUAUUAUGUAGCAAUAGUCGUCUUUCAUCCUAUGUCAAAUCUUCAGCAGAAUGAAGUGUUUCGGUCUGUUUCUUUCAAACAGCUCAGUGUCUCUCCUGGGUUGGCAUUUUUACUGCACAGAUUACACAUAAGCUGUGAGGUCACAUCCAUCCUCGUCAAUCAUUGGUGGGAAAAGGGAAAAUAUCAUUUUGGAAAUGUUGCACUCUUGUUUUUCUUAUUAUAAUCAGUGGCGGUUUUGGAUAUGGGAAAUAUGGCUUCCCGAAUGAUGCAUCUCAAGGGGGCGCCACAGAGCAGAAAAUAAAAAGUUAUUUGUCGGUGGUGAAAACAGGUUUUAUUUGGCUCAUUUGGGCACCGGUGGCUCCCUGUGGUGUGCAGGGUGCAAGCAUUGUAAGAAAAUAUUGUUGUACAUUAAUAUGAUGCUAAAGUUGGUGUCUGAGUCUUAGCUCAAAACUCUGGACCGCCUUGGACCAUCUCCGGUGUAAAUUAUUAGAAUAUUUACCCUUAUGUGGAUCAUUCUUCACUGAACAAAUUUCUAAACAUAUAAUUUCAGAUUUAUGAUGCACUUAUAGCUACUAUUUUGUUUUUGUAAA